CUGCCAUCUCUGAUGCAUCUCAACUUCAGUGUGACAUUUUCAGUCAUACCGAGACCUUUGAUAAAACAUUUCGUACUGAUAUAAAAAUCUUAUUUUCAGUAUUGAGGACUUAAUUUUUAAAAAAAAAACUGUUCUGGUGUUCAAACUGCUGAAGAAAAUGCUUCACCUGAUUUUUUUCCAGUUGUUCUUGUGGUGUCUAGUUGGUGUGUCUGGUGUUGAUGAAGUGAAGUCAGUGUCAGUGACGGAGGGAGAUUCAGUCACUCUAUACAUACAGAGAGACGAUGAGAUCGAGUGGAGGUUUGGACCAACCAAAAUUCUCUUAGCUGAAGUCAAAGAGAACAAUGACUUACAAUUUUAUAAAGAUAGUGCUGGUGGGAGAUUCAGAGACAGACUGAACCUGGAUCGGACUGGAUCACUGAGCAUCAUAAACACCAGCACCACAGACUCUGGAGAAUAUAUAGUAACCAGAACUAAAACAAGUGCUGUACUAUACACAUUCAGACUUGGUGUCUAUGCUCCUGUUCCUGUUCCUGUCUUUAUGAGACACUCUCCACAGUAUUCAUCAUCAUCUGAAAGGUCAUCAAAAUGUCUGUUGCUGUGUUCAGUGUUCAAUGUGAGUCAUGUGACUCUCUCCUGGUACAAAGGAAACAGUUCAUUGUCCAGCAUCAGUGUGUCUCAUCUCAGCAUCAGUCUCUCUCUUCCUCUGGAGGUGGAAUAUCAGGAUAAUAACCCCUACAGCUGUGCAGUGAAAAAUCACAUCAGCAACUACACCAAAGACCUGGACAUCACUCAAAUCUGUUCAGACCGUUCCAUUUGCUGUUCUACUGAGACUACGAUUGGAUUGUAUCUCAUUGCUCUGCUGUUACUGGUGGCCAUUCUGAUCUAUCUGAUUAAUGGAUGCAGAACCAGAAAUCUUCAACAGAAGAAAAGCAUGGAGAAAAGAGCAAUGGACACGGAUCUAACAUAUGCAGAUGUCCUUGAAGAAUUCUACUGAGAAAAUAUAAUUUCAAACAGGUGGAAAAAAUAUC